CUGGAGAGAGGGAGCCGCGGAGCUGGGCGGACGGACGACUCGGAGUGCGCUGUCAGCGACCGCUUCCGAGCCGGCCGCGCAAACCGCGGAGCUCGUGCUCUUGUGCCUGCUGUCGGGGAAUUGCGCAGUAAGAUAGGCGCUCGUGCUACUGUCGGGGAAUUGGCCAAGGAAAGGCGAUUCCCUUGUGCCCCGGCACCCAGCUGUACGGACUGGGAGGCGGGCGGGGAAAGGAAGCGGGUACGUUUCAGGAGAGAGGCGCGGAGUCGGAGUGAACGGGGGAAUCUAUCUAGAAGAUUGGACGCAGCCGCACUGAAGUCGUCUUGGCGGGAAGAUUCGUGAUUGGAAAAGAGAGGGAGCACCAGGGGAGCACCAGCUGGCCUACGUAGCUCUCAGUUGGGAAGGAGAUUGCGCUGGGGGGGCUUUCAAGGCGCGAGUGAGCGCGAGGUUCUUGAGCGAUGUCGCGCGCAGGGCUAAUCAAAUUGCGCGGUGUUGUGAGCCGGAUCCUUGCCGCCGGCCCUCGCGGGGCGGCGGUUACUGUUCCUCCCCCUGUGCCGUUUUCGCAGCUUUCUGCUGCCACCGGUGUUAGCAGCCGCAGCGCCGGCGGCAGGGUGGUGAGCACAUCGGCGAUCGGAUGCCAUGCCCGCGCUUUCUCGACGGCUGGGAUUGGCGGUCAUUCUUUGCGGACAGGCGGAUGUUGUCUCGCCGCCGUCGUUGCCGACAGCGCCGCCGCCUCUGACGUGUCAAAGCAGAUAGAGAGGGAGGUGACUGGCUUGGAGAGGGAGGAACUGGAAGGGGAGGUAACAGGAAGGAAGAGGUUCGAUCUUGAGCCGCCACGUGGACCUUUUGGAACGAAAGAGGCGCCGGCCAUCAUUGAGUCGAAGCUCGAUCGGCGGAUUGUUGGGUGUUCAGGAGGGGUGGGUGAGGAGGAGCACGACGUGGUGUGGUUUGAGUUGAGACAAGGCCAAAAUUAUGAAUGCCCAGUUUGCUCUCAGGUAUUUCAAUUGAAGACCAUUCCUGAUGUGGGGGGCGGCGGUCACUAGUACUACUUGUGUGCAUUCUUUUCUCCUCGAAAACUUUGCAGUGCCUGAAAGAAACAGCCGGAGAGAAUGCCGCAAAGCAACGGGUCUUGAGAAGAAGCUUUCACUCGUCAUCAACAAGCCACCCACCUAGCAGUCAGAAAAGCCAGCCGGUCUUAAUCGAGCGAUUGUAGGGUAAGGGGUGAGGAGAGGAGGCAUUCGAGAGAGACGAUGUAUGCGUACUGUCUUCCCCGGAACAGAACGUACGGUCAUUAUAGCCAUAUUUGGAUCAUCUUUCUGUCCAGAUGCAGCGACAAUGACCGUACGUUCUGUUCCGGGGGAGGAAGAAGGUAGUCAGUAGUGUCGAUGUAAGGAGGGAUGCUGGGCGAUUGCAAAUUUUCUG